AUGGGCACCUCCGCCGACACGGUGGUUCCCAAGAUCGGUCUACCUGACUCCCCGGCCCAGGCAAACUACUCGGUCGUCACCCGAGGGGCCAAGGUUGGGUUUGAAUGCGAUCUACUACCCAUUCAGAAUGCGACUCAAGUCAUGCUUCCAUGGUACAGUAUCAACGGCAUGUUCUGGACCAUCGAUGUCGCCACCCCAGAGUGCAACAUCAGUAGCGCUAUUGUCGCAGCCGGCCCCGACUCGAACCACUAUGUCCAGGAAAACGCGACUCAAAACUUCCAAGGCGUUAUGCAGGAUUAUACGUGCAACAACGGCGUCGAAUACAGCCGUUUGCACGAUAUGACUACCAAUUACACGGAAGAACAAGUGGUCAAUGCCAGCAUGCCACAUCGUGUGCUCCUGACCAUGGCCGAUCUGCGGUUUACGCCCAUGAAUCGUUCGCUCACACGGCCUGAGAGGAUCUACAUUCAAGAUUUCACAGCUGCAUUGUGCACCUACCACUACACCUUGGAUGAUUUUGAGGUUGAAUCACUUGUAGAGUUCGGCAGCAGAAAGCAGGCAGUCAUGCAAGCAACUCACCACCAAGGUGCACAUGAGCUAGAGAUUCCUGGUUUCCCGAAAAGCAUGCUUGGGAAGUCUGUGGAGUAUGCAACUCGGUUGUUAGAUGUCGGGACCGGCGGCAUAGAUUUUGUUCUAUCGACCCCCGUCACGUCGUUCUUCCGGCUUAUGACGAUCAAGCAAAACAGAACCACCAUCGGUGAUUUCAUGGACCCAGAUCUCCUGAUCUCGACAGCGUCAGACGUGUUCAAAGGUGUCGGUACACAGCUUCUUAGCACUAUGGCUUUGAAUCCUGCUAUUGCAUCGACUGAGAAGGGUUCUGUCGCUAUGGUGGAGGAUCGCCUGCACGUCACUGAGCUAUCUACGGCCUUUAUGUGUGCGUUCCUAUCUUUGGCCACAAUCCUUAGCCUUGCAGUGGUGUUUCUGCGUCCUUUGGAUGCGAUCCAUCGCGAACCCGGAUCCAUCACAGCAACAGCUGCAGUGCUGGCAUCAAGCCCGGGACUUGAAAAACUUCUGCUCGGUCUAGGAACCUCGUCGCAAGCUGCUAUUUGCAACAGGCUAUCAAGCUUCAACUUUCGGAGUUCCUACUAUUCAGGACCUGAGCCCGCCUUCGUUGUCGAAGCUUUGGACAGUGGACUUGCAUCCAUCGAAGAGAACAGGCGGGGCCAUCGCGACACGUGGUGGCGUCCCCUGGCUGGGAAAGCUUGGUUUCUUGUUCUCGUUAUCACCCUGUCACUUGCCAUGAUUGCUGCCCUGGAAGCUUUGCAACGAUCAUCAGAUAAGCGUGAUGGCCUCUUGGAUAUCAACGAGUCAGACUCGCUACUUUUUGCAACGUAUGUACCUGCUGCCGUGGCAAUCUGCCUUGCGGGUAUGUACUCAAGUUUCGGGUCGAUGGCGGCUACCUUUGCUCCGUACUCAAUCCUCAAGCAACGCAACGCCACCCCCGAGCGGUCGAUCACUCUUCGGCUCGUUGGGAAGCUGGCACCACAUGCGCUUCUAGAUGCACUCAAAACACGACAUUUCAGUGUCGCCAUCAUUCUCGCGGCGAACUUCGUUGGCGGCUUCUUGACGAUCGUAAUCUCAGGCCUUGACAGUGCCAUUCCAGUUAACGACACUCGACCCGUGAUGCUGCAGCAGACGGACGUCCUUGAUCUGUCGGCCGGCAAUAUCUCGCUUGAGGACAAUCAAGCGGCAGCAAUCACUUCGCUCAUAGAAUAUAUUGGCCUACCAAGUCCCCAGUGGACUUACGAAGACUUGGUUUUCAACACCAUGCAUCCGAUCAUGAGCCCCUCUACGCAGGACUUGUCACAUGAGCAACCACUUUCGGCCAUGCUUCAAGCUGUGAGACCUGAUCUAGACUGCUUCACCAUACCAUCGAAUGAUCGUCAUAUACAAGUGUACAGUUACACAAACGGCCUGACAGUGAUGCCAGGUAUGACUGAUGUAUACCCCGGUAGACCAGGAGAGCUCUUUGUCAAGGUAAACACAACUUUGAGGGCAGAAUGUUCACGGCCUCUCGCAAACUCUACUGCAGCUUCCAAAGACUGGCUCCAGUACUUUGUCAUUCCGGAUGACGAAUCUGUCACCCACGUGGGCAAAGCAUCCCUCCUUGGCUGGUUUGAUGACACAAAGAUUAUCACCUGGGGCGACGGAGCAACAGACACAAGCCCUGGAUCGGGAUCGGGCAUGGGCGUGGAGGGCAUCACGCUCGGGGACUCGGGGUGUCCGUCGAUGGCUUUUACACUGGGAACCAUACGGGCAGGACGAUCUGGACGUAGCGGGAAAGCAAGGCAGUUCGCUGUGGAGAGUGACCUUGCGACACUCGUGUGCUACCAAAGAGUGGAUCAAGUCGUGGCGAACGACACAUUCAGCGCACCUUCUAUGACCAUUGACACACUCGUCCCUCCCAUUCUUGACGAAUCAACAAGGAUAGUCCUGGCAGACCCGACCACGAACACCACGUCCUUCGCGUAUCCCAUCAACCGUCUCUUGCUCUCAAUCGCAAACUCGCUGACGGCCAAUACGACAGGAUUGGACAGCGUCGCGAGCCUGGAUGGUUUCAGUCGCGCUCUCCUUUCCGGACGCGGAGCGCAGCCGAUCGAGACGUUAGCCGGGGAAGCAAACGUGGACAACCUGCGCAAAGCGGCCACAAGGCUGUACAAGACGUACAUGGCCCAGGCCAUCUCGGCCAACAUGCGACGGGAUGCGGAGCUCUUGCCUGCGUACGAAGGGAGGCUGACCUCGAGUGCGAGGCGCAGGCUGCAGCAGAACAACGGACCAAAGAUUGCGCUGCAGGUCAUGCUGGGACUCAUGGUCGUAUGUAUCAUUGCAUCGCGCCUGUUGAUGGAUGUACGGACGGUGCUGCCGCAUGACCCCUGCUCUAUCGCGGGUGUCGCCACGUUGCUGGCUGGUAGUGAUAUGGUGACAAUGGUGGAGGGGUCAGAGUGGGAGGAUGACAAGGGCCUGGAGAGCCUCUUUCGGGGCAGAAGUUUUGGAUUGGACUGGUGGGGGAAAGGGGUUGGCCGGCGCUUCGGCAUAGAUGUUGAGUGUGAGGCUAUUUGA